AUGGAGGAGGUGCCCUCUCCCAGCAGUUCUAGAUCACUCACCUAUCUCCCUAUCAAAGUAAUCCCAUCUCAAGCUUUCAGAGGACUUAAUGAGGUCAUAAAAAUUGAAAUCUCUCAGAGUGAUUCCCUGGAAAAGAUAGAAGCUAAUGCCUUUGACAACCUCCUCAAUUUGUCUGAAAUACUGAUCCAGAACACUAAAAACCUGGUGUACAUUGAGGCCGGAGCAUUUACAAAUCUCCCUCAGUUAAAAUACCUUAACAAUCCCCUAUACUCACUCUGCCCACAUUCCCGUCCUGCCCCAUAUCACAGAAGCAUCUGUAACACAGGCAUCCGCAAGCUUCCAGAUGUUACGAAGAUCUUCUCCUCUGAAUUUAAUUUCAUUCUGGAAAUUUGUGAUAACUUACACAUAACCACUGUACCAGGAAAUGCUUUUCAAGGGAUGAAUAACGAAUCCAUAACGCUAAAACUAUAUGGAAAUGGAUUUGAAGAAAUACAAAGUCAUGCAUUCAAUGGGACAACACUGAUUUCCCUGGAGCUAAAGGAAAAUGCACACCUGGAGAAGAUGCACAACGACGCCUUCCGGGGGGCCACGGGGCCUAGCGUCUUGGAUAUUUCUUCCACUAAACUGCAGGCCCUGCCUAGCUAUGGGCUAGAGUCCAUUCAGACACUAAUUGCCACAUCAUCCUAUUCUCUGAAAAAACUGCCAUCAAGAGAAAAAUUUACCAACCUCCUAGAUGCCACAUUGACUUACCCCAGCCACUGCUGUGCUUUUAGGAACUUGCCAACAAAAGAGCAGAAUUUUUCAUUUUCCAUUUUUAAAAACUUUUCCAAACAAUGUGAAAGCACAGCAAGGAGACCAAAUAAUGAAACACUUUAUUCCGCCGUCUUUGCUGAGAGUGAACUGAGUGGCUGGGAUUAUGACUAUGGUUUCUGCUUACCCAAGACACUCCAGUGUGCUCCUGAACCAGACGCUUUCAAUCCCUGUGAAGACAUUAUGGGCUAUGACUUCCUUAGAGUCCUGAUUUGGCUGAUUAAUAUCCUGGCCAUCGUGGGGAAUGUGACUGUCCUCUUUGUCCUCCUGACUAGUCGCUAUAAACUCACAGUGCCCCGCUUUCUCAUGUGCAACCUCUCCUUUGCAGACUUGUGCAUGGGGCUCUACCUGCUCCUCAUUGCCUCAGUCGAUGCCCAAACCAAAGGCCAGUACUAUAACCACGCCAUAGAGUGGCAGACAGGGAGCGGGUGCAGCGCGGCCGGCUUUUUUACUGUUUUUGCAAGUGAACUCUCUGUCUACACCCUCACAGUCAUCACACUAGAAAGAUGGCACACCAUCACCUAUGCUAUUCAACUGGACCAAAAGCUGCGACUGAAACAUGCCAUUCCACUCAUGCUCGGAGGAUGGCUCUUUGCUUCUCUCAUUGCCACGCUGCCUCUUGUGGGUGUCAGCAGUUACAUGAAGGUCAGCAUUUGCCUCCCCAUGGAUGUGGAAACCACCCUCUCCCAGGUCUACAUCUUAACCAUCCUGAUUCUCAAUGUGCUGGCCUUCAUCAUCAUUUGUGCUUGCUACAUUAAAAUUUAUUUCGCAGUUCAAAAUCCAGAGCUGAUGGCUGCCAACAGAGAUACAAAGAUUGCUAAGAAAAUGGCGGUCCUCAUCUUCACCGAUUUCACCUGCAUGGCACCAAUCUCUUUCUUUGCCAUCUCAGCUGCCUUCAAAGUGCCCCUCAUUACAGUAACCAACUCAAAGGUUCUACUGGUUCUCUUUUAUCCUGUCAAUUCAUGCGCCAAUCCGUUUCUAUAUGCAAUUUUCACGAAGGCAUUCCGAAGGGAUUUCUUUCUGUUGCUGAGCAAAUUUGGCUGCUGUAAGUAUCGAGCUGAACUUUAUAGGAGGAAGGAUUUUUCAGCUUAUAUCUCCAACUGCAAAAAUGGCUUCACUGGAUCAAAUAAGCCUUCCCGGUCUACCUUGAAGUUGACCACAUUACAAUGUCAAUAUUCUGCUGUCCUGGACAAGGCUUGCUGUAAGGAGUGUUAACUGUGAUAUCAGUAAACACAUCACCGAAUUAUACUUAAAUAUGUAAAAAAUUUAUCUCUACCAGUAAUAUUAACAAAGAGUUGGUUCAGGAAAUUAUGUGUUAGGCACAUCAGGAAAAAAAAAGACUCUACCUAGCUCAAAAUGUGAUCCAUGACCACGGCCGGUCUAAAAACUAUUUGUCACUGGCACAUGAUAACAAUACAGAGUGUUUAGAAACUUUUACAGCAAUUUUGACAGAUUAAUUUUAUGUCUGCUGUAUCUAUUUCAAAAAUGAGAUGGUGUUUUGUAUGACUGUAAUUUUUUUCUCAUUUCAUCCUUGCAGUAAUUUUUAUUGCAUUUUUACAAAAAUAUUGGUCCAUAAGAGAUUUGAAAUUUGAAAUAACUAGUCUUUUUCCUCAGACUGUUUGAGAAGUAUAGACUCUGGAGAUGCACUGUCCAAUCUGGUACCUACCAGACACAUGUAGCUAAAUUAAGCUGAAUUAAAAAUGUGUCUUCUCAAUUGCACUAGGAACAUUUCAAGUGCUCAACACCCAUACAUAACCUGUGGUUACUAUAUUGAACAACACAUAUACAGAACAGUUUGAUCAUCACAGAAAGUUCUAUUGGACAGUGCUGUCCUAGACAUUUAUUUAUCCCAUAUGUAGAUUCUGGAUUUAAUAAUUAUUAAAAUUUUAAAUUAUACUAUUUAAAAUUAAUAUAAAGUAAGUAUCUAAAGGCACAUUUCAUCCUGUUGGUCUGGUGUUUAGUCUCUAAAGAACAGUGAAGCAUUAAAUAGUAGACUAUAAACUCCUUGUGGGUAGGAACCCUGUCUCAAUUUUGCUUCCUUAUCUCCUAGCUCAGGGUCUCAGCAAUAGCAUGCAACAAAUGUGCUGAAUGACACUGAAGUUAAGAAAUCUACAAGGAAAAAAAAAUAUCUUCUUUUUCUUUCUAGGGCCCUAUCUUUUAUGGAAGUAAAAUAAAAUGCUUAAAUAUUUUAAAAUAUUUUACUUUCAUAGUUUCUAUCUGAAAGUAUUGAAAAUAUAUCCAAUAUUUGCUAGAAGGUAUUUAUCAGAAUUGACUCUUAUAGGACAGUAAAAUUAUGGCUUUAAUUGCAAUGUUUUUGUAAGUUCCUUUGACACUAUAAAGUAACUUAUUAAAAGUUUAUUAUAUGCCAAGCAUCUUGAUAAGUAUUUUAUAUAAUUCAACCCACUGAAUCUUCAUAAAACUCUAUGAUGAAGAUAUUAUUCACAUUUUAGAAGAGAGGAAAGCUCAGUACAAUUUGCCCAAGUUCUCGAAACUAAUAAAAGCUUCAACUAAUAAGAUUCAAACUCAAAGUUCUGAUUCAGGACCCCAGCCUUUUAACACUGUUUUACUACCUCCCAUAUUGGUAAAUCACAGCCAUCCAAAAGUUUAAUAUGUGUUCAAAGUUCUUUUAAUUUCAUCCAACAUUUUAUUGUGACAUUUUCAAAUAUAUGAAAAUUUGAAAUAAUUGUACAGUGCACACCCAUAUACUGAGACUCAACAUUUUACUAUAUUGAUUUAGAAAAUAUAUGAUAAGAAAAAUAGUUCUAUAUAAUUAUUAAUAUCUAUCCAGUAUUUAUCCAUCCAUCAUUUCUGAUGCAAUUUAAGUUACAAACAUCAGUAUUUGUCAGCCCUUAAACUCUUCAGCAUGCUUAUCAUUAACUGAAGUUUAAUAUUUGUUUACAUAUUUAAGGUACAAUUUAAAUAUGAUGAAAUAGACAAACCCUAAGCAUACCAUUUAAUGCAUUUUGAGAAAUGUAUACACCCAUGUAACCCAAACCUUCAUGAAGAUACAGAACACUCACCCUCAGAAAGUUUUCUCAUGUCACAUCCUAAUUAAUCCCUCACCUCUGCCCUACAAGAGUAAUAAUGCAUACAUGCUAAGCUGUUUUAACAUGUCCAACUCUUUGCAACCCCACGGACUGGAGCCCUCCAGGCUCUUCUGUCCGUGAGCUUCUCCAGGCA